CCACCAUACCACGUACACACAAGUUCAUCAUACUUGUUAGUUCUUAUAUAACACCAAUAUAAAGCAACGAUAUCAUACAAUGAUGAAAACUCUGGCACUUUACGGCCUCACCUUGGCCUUCUUUUUCCUAUCUGGUGCUCACUCAGCUAGAAUAACUUUCACAAACAACUGUCCAUAUACCGUUUGGCCGGGAACCUUAACUUCAGAUCAAAAACCUCAAUUAUCAACUACUGGGUUUGAGUUAGCGUCUACAGCAUCCUCAGCAAUAGAUGUCCAAGCUCCAUGGAAAGGCCGAUUCUGGGCCCGAACCCUAUGCUCCACAGAUAGCUCGGGAAGGUUCAGUUGCGCUACUGCAGAAUGUAGCUCUGGUCAAGUUUCAUGCAAUGGUAACGGUGCAGUUCCGCCAGCUUCUUUGGUAGAAAUCAACAUAGCCGCCGAUGGUGGAAUGGACUUCUAUGAUGUUAGCCUUGUAGAUGGAUUCAACUUGCCUGUUUCAGUAGCCACACAAGGCGGAACUGGCGAAUGCAAGGCCUCAAGCUGUCCAGCCAACGUGAACGCGGCUUGCCCAGCAGAGUUGCAAGUGAAAGGGUCUGAUGGGAGCGUUAUUGCUUGCAAGAGUGCAUGUAUCGCUUUUAAUGAACCACAAUAUUGUUGCACUGGCGCAUAUGACAAGCCUGAAACAUGUCCACCCACAAACUACUCUCAGAUCUUUGAGCAGCAAUGUCCUCAAGCUUAUAGCUAUGCUUAUGACGAUCAGAACAGCACAUUUACUUGCUCUGGUGCACCCAACUACGUUAUUACUUUCUGUCCAUAAAUUAGGAAGUGGAAUUAUGCGUUCCCUUCUCUUUAAAUAGUAAUAAGAAGCUGAUAAGUUUCAUGUACUAAGGCAGAUAUAUGUUUGUGUCAAUGAAAUAAAUAUUUGAAUAAAACGAAACAAAUCAAUAUCCUCACAGGAGGCUUUUGUCAUCC